AUGGACUACUCGUAUUCCGGAGGAGGAGCAUUCGCAGCAAUUGAUGUCUCAGAGGUGCCUCUAGCUUCAGUCCCAUAUAAAAUAUCGGUUGUCCUAGAUUUACCUAGAGAUAGUUAUAAUCAAGAGUUGGGUAACUUCAUGGUUAGAAUGACUGUAGUCAAUAGUACCCUAGAUGACUUUUUGAAUGAGAAUUCCUUUCCUGAAUUUUAUGAGGGAACCAAGGUAAUAAGCCCACCUACGCCUGUUCCACCCAGUGGACCGGUAAUAGGUGGAUUAGGUUGGAAGAGAGAUGGUAACAAUCAAGGGGGAUUGCACCGACCCUCUCAAAAAUGGCCAUUGACACACAAUAAAAAGUACAUAUUUGACAGGCUUCCAGGGUUGGUUUCGAGUACAAAGCCAGCUAUCCUGCCUUACAAAAGUAAGGUUCUAGAACUUAUAGAGACGGUUGUAUUCAGUCCGUUAUACUUAAUUGGCUAUUGGGAGCAGAAGACAGUAGUACCAAUUCAAAUGAUGCAUUGGCCAAUUUCUGCAACGGCCGAGUCGAAGUCAGUUGUUGUCGAGCUUGACAGGACUGUCAAUCUGAACAUGGCGUGUCUUUUGUGGAGUGUAGAAUGGACUGGUCUUAGAUAUUAUAUGUACUACCAUUGGAUAUUCAUGUUUGUGAUAGGAACAGCAUUUUUCUGGUUUAUCGAGACUGUCGCUAUGCUUCUCAUGGCAUGGUACAUCUUCCAUGCAUAUAAAAGCCAUGAAGAGGAGGAAAAUGUUGAUGAAGAAGAGUUGUCUCGGGUGGAUUAUAGCCACCAAGACUCUAGAGACGGUGAGCAAUCAGGUUCUGAGAAUGAAUCUCUGCUAAACACGGAUAUAGAAGAGUUAUCGGAGCUAAGUGAAAAUCCUGAUGUAGAGGAGUACGCCGUCGAAAAUAAUGAACCUGGGCGAAUGUCAUCAAAAGAACUGAAACUAAACACGUUAUUGGAACAUAGGGCAGUAAGACAAGAGUCACCACAAACUGAAGAAGCACCUUAUCCACAAGAAUCAAAUGCAUCAUCUCAAAAACCCCAGCUCAACUUGCUGGACAGCCUUGGACCCGACCCUGGACCACUUACACCUGCUGCCACGCCUGGGCCAUGGGAGGAAGACGAAGAGGAAAAGGUUUACCCAGAACAAGAGAUGAAUUUCUCAUGA